AUGAGAGAUGAGGACAGCGGCUACAACAAAAAUCUGUUUUGCAUUCCUAAGCAUUAUGAAGAGGAUUUAGAAAGAGUCUUCAUUCCUCAUGGACUCAUCCUGGACAGGACAGAGCGUUUGGCUCGAGAUAUCAUGCAAGACAUGGGAAGUCAUCCCAUUGUUGCACUCUGUGUCCUUAAAGGAGGCUAUAAAUUCUUUGCUGAUUUGCUGGACCAUAUAAAAGCACUGAAUCAAAAUGGUGAUAAAUCUGUGCCCGUUACCGUGGAUUUUGUCAGAAUAAAAAGCUACUGUACUGAGUCACCUGCAGAAAAAAUCAGUUUUAUUGGAGAGGAGCUGUCUACACUAAGUGGGAAG